AUGCAGGGGAAGCACUGGAAUGACGAGGAAGUGCAGAGGAAAAUGAACACCAAUGCGCCAAGGAACACCUCAGUAUCAGUCAGUCCCUCUGGUGAUAUAGAAGAGGGCAGUUCAGUGACUCUGACCUGCAGCAGUGAUGCCAACCCACCAGUGCACAACUACACCUGGUACAGAAGGAAGAAUGAGUCAGAAUCCACAUGGAUCAGACAAAGACAAACGUACAGCAUCACUAACGUCAGUACUGAACACAGUGGGCUUUACUUCUGUAAGGCAGAGAACAAACAUGGAGCCAGCCAAUCCAAUACAACAUUUCUGGAUGUGUUCUACUUCCCCAGGAUGACCUCAGCAUCACUCACCCCCUCUGGUGACCUUCAGGAGGGCGACUCAGUGACUCUGACCUGCAGCAAUGAUGAUAACCCACCAGUGCACAACUACACCUGGUACAGGAAGACUGGAGAUGAAACGGCUCUUCUGGGCACAGGGAGGAUGCCCAACCUCACUCUUAACCUCGUUCCUGGUGUGGAUGGACUUUAUCACUGUGAUGCGCAAAAUAAAGUCGGCUCGAAGAACUCAACUGCGAUCAGGAUCCUUAUGCCAGGACUCAAGACAGAGAAGUACGAAGCUCCAGCACUACAGCAAUGCUGUCAGAGGAACCACCACUGGUUCACAGCAGGCUGUCCAGCCUGGUCCUGCUGAUGACACAUACGCAGGUCUUGACCUCACCACCAGAUCCCCUGAUUAUGCCACUCUGGAUAUUGUAAAGACCUCUGCUUAUGGCAUCACACAGACUGCAGGUCAGGUCC